AUGACCGAGACAUAUGGAGGCGCGUCCUGCCCUUUCUUUCCUCCUCAGUCGAGUAUUACGCGACUGAGGCUCGGGGAUCCAUCAUUGGACCCCAUAAAACAAACGGCAAAAAACGUCGUUGAUGGGGCGUUUCGCGAUGUGCUUACGUCUCCUGCCGCUCGAGAUCUGUUUACGGCGAAAGUAAGCGAUGAAGAGAUCUCGAAUCGACCCUUAGAUGAGUGGUUCGGCUUCGCCUCCUCCACAGCAGACAUUACAGAAGACGACGAAUUCCUUCGCCUAUGCUGUGCAGUUGCACUCCUCCAUGCCUUCGUCCAGGCGAACUGGACGGGCCCCGAUCUGGACCUGAAACCCUUGGAUAUAAUUUCCGGCUCUGCAGUGACCGAAGAUCUACUCCAUCAAAAGUCAAUCACCGAGCUCGCGUAUGGCGGCGAGCCCGCCUACCAUCUCGCUCAAGUACCUGUCUUCCUUCGCCUAGCCAAACUCCUUCUCGAUCUGCCUUAUAGACACUGUAAGUCGAUUCCAUGGUGGCGCCUUCGCGCCUGGCUUGUCCAUGAGCAGGUCCUCGACGAACCCGUUGCCGUCCCUUCCGAUCUCCUGGUUUCUGUAGAGCCGUUGCUGCAAGACUUUGCGUCUCAUCCUGAUCUCGCGGGCCGCCUCAUCCUCGAACAGGGGCUGCUAGAGCAUCAUCUUGGGCAUGACAAAGCAGCGGCCGAUUAUUUCAUCCGUGCCGCCCGCGCCACCCAACUAGAAUACGAGCUCACAGGAGCCCUCGGGAAGCGCACAAAAUUCCAACAAAACGAUAUCACACAGCUCGUCCUCCUUGCCGAAUCUCGGACGAGAGAAGACGACGAAUCUGCAGCCGAUGAGUCAAAUCCCGGAGAUGCCGUACCUUCUGCUGCUGUUUCAGAAUCUGUCGCUGACUCCUCAAAAUCAGUCAUGCCCGAUACACUGGCCCUAAACGACGAUACGCUGUUAGAGCGGACAGAAUUUACAUCUUCGUCUGCAGGCUCCCGGCUCGCACGCAUCGACCCGUCCUCACAAUCACCCCUCCAUCCUCUAGACCAAUGUAUACUCCUGGCUCUAUGUCUGAACGUCCGGAAUACUUCUCCGUCACACGGUCUCACCGCGGAGCAGAUGUCACCGUACGUGUCGCGCGUCAUCUCUCAUCCCCGCAAUUGGUCUGUGCACACCAUGGCGCUCCUGCUCCGUUCCCGCCUCGAGGCGCACCGCACACGAACGGUCGAGCGGUCGACGCUGCAGCUGCAGGCACUCGUAGACCAGAUGCCCACCGCAGACUCGACGAUCACCGAACGCCUGCGAUACUUCCACGCGAUCCCGCUCCCGAGCAAGUGGGAGAUGGAGCGCGAGCUCGCGCUGCGCUUCCUGUCCAUCGGCGUCGUCAAGUCGGCGCUCGAGAUCUUCGAGCGGCUCGAGAUGUGGGAGGAAGUCGUCAAGUGCUGGCAGAGCAUGGAGCGCCGUGACAAGGGCAUCGCUAUCGUCCGUGAUUUGCUCGAGGGCCGCAAGGCAGAGGCAGAGACGGUCAUCUCGCGGGAGAAGACAUCCUCUGAGCGGCGCAGGCAGGUCCUGGACGCCACGCGCAAGGCCAAGCUCUGGUGUCUGCUUGGCGAUCUGGAGCCUGAGAAUGCGCUGGAGCACUACAACCGCGCGUGGGACACCUCGCAGGAAUCGUCCGGCAGGGCGAUGCGGUCGCUCGGCGGCUACUAUUUUGCACGCGCAGACUACCCCAAUGCCAUUACCUGCUUGCACCGCGCCGUCUCCAUAAACCCGCUGCUCGGCCGCUCCUGGUUUAUACUGGGCUGUGCCUAUGUUCGCGUCGAAGACUGGGAAGGCGCCCGCUCGAGCUUCACUCGAUGCGUCACGAUUGAUGAUGAGGAUGGCGAGAGCUGGAACAACCUGGCCAGCGUCUACCUGCGCAUGGGCGAGGCAGGAAAAAAAAUCGAAGCCGAGGACAACGCGGACGGCGAGCUGGAAGAGCAGGCUGCCCAGCUGACGGUGUCAGAUGACACGAGCAAAAGCAUACCAUUCGCGAACAAGAUGCUGGCCUUCCGUGCCCUCAAGCAGGGCCUGAAGUUCGGCUACGAUAGUUGGCGCAUGUGGUCGAACUACAUGAUUGUGGCGAUGGACGUAGGAGAAUUGAAUGAGGCGUGCCGUGCCCUCGCCCGCGUCGUCGAAGAGCGGAGCGCCAAGGACGGGGAGCAAAGCGUCGAUGAGGACGUGCUGGAACGUCUGGUGGAUGCGGUCACCAGGGCUCCCGCUAACGCCAACGACGCCGUCGAGGGUGACAUAAGUACGGGAACCGUGGCCAGGAAUCCGAACGAGGGGCACGGGCUAUUAAGACAGGUCACUGACCUCUUCGAACGCACCAUCCUGCCCCGCGUCUCUUCGUCGCGGAUAUUCCGGGCCCGAGCGCGGCUGUUGACCUGGCAGGGCCUCUGGGAAGAAGUCGUGAACGCCUAUCUGGAAGGCUAUCGGUGCAGCAGCGCGGGCACAAUGGAGAAGGGGGAGACGGACGUAGGGAAGUGGCGCGAGGCGGUCGAGGAGGUGGUGGACAUCGCGGACGUGCUGACGAAUUUCGGGCCGCGCGUGGAGGGCUUCAACUGGAAGCUGCAGGCGCGGAGCAUCGUCCGGACGUUCAUGGGGCGCACGAAGGACUUCGAAGAUGAGCCGGAGUGGGCGCGGCUCACAGUCUUGCAGGAAGAGAUUCGGAAGGAGGAGUGAGCGGCGGCGAUGGUGGGGGACACCGUGUGGGUGGUGGGUUGCUUCCAUUGUGGAUCAGGGUGAGGUCGGCAGGCAGGCCGUGACUGAGUGCAGUAGAGUUCGUGAUGAAAUGACAUGAGGCCCAUUGAGAAGAUGCACGAGUGCAGGGCGAGUUCACCCGGUGAU